AGCGAGAAACUGGCGACAGGAUUGAUACAUUUGGGACUGGAUCGUGGAGAUCGGGUCGGUAUGUGGGGACCGAACACCUACGAAUGGAUUGUUUGUCAGUUCGCUACGGCCCUUGCUGGCAUGAUCAUGGUGAACAUCAACCCAUGUUAUCAAUCGGAAGAACUGAAAUUUGCACUGGAGAAAGUAGGAAUAAAGGCAUUGAUAGCGCCACCAAGCUUCAAGAAAUCCAACUAUUACGCAUCCGUUUCUGAUAUCAUACCUGAGAUCAUAUUGAAAGCUGAAGGUCGUGGCGACUUCGCAUCGCAUAACUUCCCAUCUUUCCGGCAUUUUAUCAUCAUUGAUGAUCAAAAACUGUACAGAGGUGGAUGGCGUUAUUCAGAAGUGAUCAAAAUGGGUUCAGAAGAAGAUCGCAUCAAAUUAGCUGAUAUCGAAAGAUGCGUGCAACCGGAUGAUCCGGUCAAUAUACAAUACACAAGUGGAACGACCGGCGUUCCGAAAGGUGCAACCUUAACGCAUCACAAUGUUGUGAAUAAUGCGUAUUUCGUUGGUCGAAGAGCUGGUUAUGCUGAAAAGGUUUCAUAUCUUGUUAAUAUUAUUGCCAUAAAUUAA